CGCACGUACCAUGUGUGUUUAGCGUUUGGGAGGCGGCGGGCUCUGGUUUGCCGGUUGUGUCUCCGCCCCCGUCGCAGAGCUGCGCGGUUGGCGCGGCCAGGGGUGGGCUGUUCCUGCCGCACGCUCCCGGCCAUUACGGCCCCGGGGGUAACGGAGCCCGGGCUAUGACCUGCUACCCGGGCUUCCUAUGCGGCUGCCGCUGCGCAGCCAGCCGGGCGGCCGCCCUCCGCUCCCUGCUGAAAUACCAAGCAGCGGCUGCGGCUUCCUCUCUCUUGGCCGGGCUGCCGCUGUCCGGCGGGCUGCAGCGGCGCCUCCUCACGCGCAGCCGGCUGAGCCCGGCCGAGUCGUUGCUCCCCUCCUUCGCCGCCGCCGGGUUCCCACCCCAGCGCCUCCUCCAGCAAGAGAGCUCAGGCUCGCCUGGACCAGGACCCUUCGCGCUGGGCCAGCAGAGCUCUUCUGGGUUCGCCCUGUCGCGGCUGGAUCAGCGGCGGGGGAGGAGCAAGGGGAGCGCGGGGCUCCCCUGUGGCGGUGGGUUCCGCCCCACCCGGGUCGUGGUGGUGGCCAAGACCACCAGAUACGAGUUCGAGCAGCAGCGGUACCGCUACGCGGAGCUCUCGGAGGAGGAUCUCAAACAGCUGCUUGCAUUGAAGGGAUCUAACUACGGUGGACUACUGGAGCGACAUUAUAUUCAUACAAAAAAUGUGGAGCAUGUUGUAGACAGUUUACGGAAUGAGCAGAUCGAGGUCCGUCUUGUUAAACGCCGAGAAUAUGAUGAAGAGACAGUUCGAUGGGCAGAUGCUGUUAUAUCAGCAGGAGGUGAUGGCACAAUGUUGCUGGCAGCUAGUAAAGUGUUUGACAGAUUUAAACCAGUUAUUGGAGUAAAUACUGAUCCGGAAAGAUCUGAGGGCCAUUUGUGUUUGCCUGUACGAUAUACACACUCCUUUCCAGAAGCAUUACAGAAGUUUUAUCGUGGUGAGUUCAGGUGGCAGUGGCGGCAGCGAAUCCGGAUGUAUCUUGAAGGAACUGGUAUUAACCCUACCCCUGUAGAUUUGCAUGAACAGCAGUUAAGCCAGGAGCAGCACAGCAGGGCCCACGUUAAUGGAAGAUUCCAUGAUCAAAGAUCUGAAGUUUCUGGACCACAUCUUUUGCCAGUGAGAGCAUUAAAUGAAGUCUUCAUUGGAGAGUCUCUCUCAUCCAGGGUGAACUAUAAGUCCUGCAAACCCAGUUUUAAAUUCUCGCUUCAUAGGGCCUCCUACUAUGAGGUAUCAGUUGAUGAUGGUCCAUGGGAAAAGCAGAAGAGUUCAGGGCUCAAUGUAUGCACUGGAACAGGAUCAAAAGCCUGGUCCUAUAAUAUUAACAAGGUGGCAACCCAGGCUGUUGAAGAGAUCCUUAAGAUUGCUAAAAAGCAUGAGAGCUUGAAUCUUCCUUUGAGCAGGGAACUAAUACAGAAAGUAACAAAUGAAUAUAAUGACUCCCUGCUGUAUAGUCCAGAAGAACCAAAGAUGUUUUUCAGUAUUCGAGAGCCUAUUGUAAACCGGGUUUUUUCAAGUAGUCUGCAGCGUGGGUUCUUUUCAAAGGUUUGUGUCCGGUCACGUUGUUGGGAUGCCUGUAUGGUGGUAGAUGGAGGAACUUCUUUUGAGUUUAAUGAUGGGGCAAUAGCUUCAAUAUUAAUCAAUACAGAAGAUGCAUUGCGCACUGUUUUGCUAGAAGAAUGAAGAAAUUUAAUACAGUCUGUUGAAAUCCUACUAAAUCCUGCACCCGGAAAAGGGAAUCACUGCAGAGAUAGACAGUACAUCAGAAUGCUGUAUUAUUUUAAGUUGGAAAAUUUUCUUCUCUUGAUGCAAGAAUAUUGAGAAGAGACCUGAAAUCAUUUCCCAUUCCUGGGAUGGGGAAAUUUUGGAAAAAACUGUUUUUUGAGCUUUAUUGCACCUGACACAAAGGAAAUGUAUCUAACUUCAGUAAAAUGUGAUUUUUUUUAACCUUUUAAGAUGAAUGUGACAGAACACUUUUUUUAAAAAUUAGGUAGAUGGGUUCAAAUGAAAUAAAGUGGUUAGCCUUGAAUAUUCAACUGUACAGUUUUUUCAUAACAGUCUGGAACUGAAUGAACCAAACACUUCAACCCUGCAUACAUAUUAUACUUUUACAGACAAGUAUGCUAAGAUUCAUUGAGUUGAUGCAAGUAUAAAGAAUAGACUUUGGAAAAUAAAUCUUGAUGUUGGCCUAACUGAAAUGGAGAUUUUUUUUGUACCCUCUUCAAACUUUUACAACGCUACUUUGUGGUAUGGUUUGUGGUAGAUCUUUCCGCUCUUCCAAUGAUUUUCUACUCUUUUGGUAUCUACAUCAAGACUUUUUUUUUUGGAAAAUGUUUGUUCCGGUGACUAGAAAAACUCAUUUAUUUUGAGUGAGGUAACUCUUCCCUAUGUUUCAUCUGAAAUCUAGAUUUUUGUUGCUGUUGCCUGCUAUAAAUCUACUUUUUAAUACAAAUUAUUUUAACUACAAUAAAUUAUGCUGCUUCAAUUAAUACAUUGACAGAACACUUGCUGGCCAGUUAAUCAGACAGUUGAAGAGAAUGGUAUAGAAUUAUAUAGUUUUGGGUUUUAAAAAAAGCGAUAUUUGGAGUUAGUAAGUAAAAUGACUUGGUUUUAAAUUGAGUACUUGAUCUGCUUCAUAACUAUACUUCUGAAGAUGCAGAGAAAUCACAUACCAUUCUUUUUGUAUAGCAAACAUGUAUGGGAGACAUUAGGGUCUAAUGGAUGGGGCCCAGGAUUAACUUCUAUACCUCUUUUCCCCAUUUGUAGAAUGGAGCUAGCAUUUUGAAGGGAAAUUAAAUACUUUGAUAUUUAUGGAUAAAGAGCCCUAUGUAAGUGCUAAAUUAUUCUGCUGACACUCUCAACUGACUGUGACCAAUUUAUGCUUUUGGUCCCACACACACAACUCUUUUAUGCAGAUAAGUAUUUAAGCACAACGUGUCUGCAAAAGAGAAAAGCCCAUUGUUAUCCACAGAAACUGUAAGCAACUUUAUGAUAAUCUCGGGAAAGGUGGUGUGCUGAGUGGAUUGCAGGGCAGAACUGGGCAAAACUAAGAUAACAGUUUGAAUUUUAUGCAUGUGACUUAAUAGCAACAAAAAGGGCUUGUUUCUACUGUAGAAUGAACUUUCAUUUGCGACGUUAUUCUUCAAAUGAUACUUGUUUGAAGAGAUUUAUACUGCAGAUUUACUCAGAAGUUCUAAUGGCAGUCAAUGUAUUUAUUGUUUAGAUUUUGAAAUGAUAAACUCUUACUUUACAGGUGGAGCAAGUAGAUAUGAAUGAUUUUACCCUUAUCAAAUAAGUAGUUUAAACAGCCUUAUUUUCUCUGUACUCAGCAUGAAAAGUUAAACUCCAGUUAAAUGUUAAGAGGAAGAGCCCUGAGAUGGUUAAACCAAUGAAGCCAUUGUAAUGAGAUCAGUUAUAGUUACAAGUUUAUGCACACUUUAGAUAUAAUCUUUUCUUAAAAAAAAAAAAAAAAUUUGCUGUAGACUGAAAUGUGGCAUAAAUGUCCACUUGAAAGCUCUUUGGGCUGCAAGUGGGAAGGUGAAAUCAAAAUAGCCCAUUAAGCUCUUUUGAAACUAUUGGGUUUUACUGUUACCAAACUGAUGCUCCUCUACAUGUCUAUUGCAAAAAACCUGCAAAUUUGUUCUAAAAGUGAAUGUUAGUCCACAUUGUAGAUUAAUCCUUUUUUUUUUUUUUUAACAGAGAGAUGUACUGUGCAGGAACCAGAGUAUUCCAGUCAAUUCAUUGUUAUGUAAAAAAUAAUCCACCUUUCAACAGUAGUGUUUGCAUUCUCCUCCAUGUAAAUAUGCACUAUAAAUGUGCUAACCCCAAAAUAGGCCUUUUAAGUAUUUAAAUACCUUUUAAGAACACUUUAUUUGUAUGGUAUUUAAACUAAAGUUAAUCAAAUAAUAAUAUGAUUUAACUUAAGGACACUAAAAGGUAGGACAAAAACUACAUCUUCCACUCAGCAAAAAUUGUGAAGACUCUCCAAACAAAUGAGGAUAGUUAUCAUAUGCUGUAAUGUUUAGAACAGGGAUCGAUUAAACAACAUGUUUUUUUUUUUUGCUUUUGAGUUUCAGACCCUUAAAUUGAGAAUGCUGUGUCUUAAAAGCAACACUGCCAAGUAGUAUAGUUUCAGUCUUUGACCUGCUUUUAAGAUUUGGUAUGAAAUAUCAGUUGGAUUCAUAAGUAUUAAAAAAAAUCACAAAAUGAGUUUGUGGACAUGAACUGCUCUUUUGUGCCCUCUACUGGCUUUGUAGCUGAAGUUAAUCACUUACUGUAUUUCUGCUGCUCUUGGUGCUGGUGCACAAACCAAAGUAAUGAGAUGGAACUGUUAGUUUGUGCUCAUUAGAAAUACUAGCAUGGGGUCAAAAAUCCAUAUUGGACAUAUCAGUAGGAAGAGCUCAUGCCUAUUAUAUAAAUUAAGUGUAAAAUCCUUUUAAAAUUUGGUAAAUUCUAGUGUUUAUAAAGGAAUGUAAUAUAAGCAACUUAUCUGAGAGUCUAGGAUACUUUUAUGACAGAAGUCAACACAAUCUAACUGCUUUGUCCAUCCAAACUGGUAUUAACUCCAAAAAACAAAGCUAUUUCAGCAGCCUGCUCAAUCCAGAACAUUUCAGUUAAGAAAUAGUUAACACCACUUAACAUUCUGCUAAACUAAAAUUUGACAUUCUUUGCUUUUAAAAAGAAACAGUGGUAUGUUGAUACAUACAUGUAAUAAAUGACAUCUGGAGAGAUACAUGAAACUGUUUCACGCCUUGUACUUAUCUGUAUCUUUUGUGUUGAAAGUGCUCUUUUAAAUAUUUAUUGAAA